AUGGCACUUUUGAAAGAUGAAUUCCGUGUCGAACCCAAACAUACGAGGGUGGCAGCUGGAGAAACGGCUUUGCUUACGUGCGGAGCUCCAAAAGGUUUUCCAGAACCGAUUGUCGAAUGGAAAAAAAAUUCACAAACUAUUAAUUUGGACGAUCCACGAAAAAUUCGAAUCGUCGACGGUGGUAAUUUAAUGAUAAACGAUGUUAAACAAACGGACGAGGGAAAAUAUCAAUGCAUAGCUAAAAAUAAAGUGGGAAUAAAAGAAAGUAAAGUCGCCAUAUUGACCGUCAAUGUCAAACCUUUUUUCAAUAAGGAACCGACGGAUGCGACGGCACUCAUUGAAGAAAGUGUUAAAUUUCAAUGUAAAGUCGAAGGGGAUCCUACACCUAAUAUUAUAUGGAGAAAAGAUGAUGGUAAAUUACCAAGCAGAAGAGCACACACUCUUGAAGACCACAGUUUGAUGAUAGAACAUGUUUCUUUAGAAGACGAAGGUAUUUACAUAUGCGAUGCUGAAAAUGUUGUUGGUAAAAUAUCCGCGAGAGCAUCCCUAACCGUUCAUUCUCCACCAACAUUUAUCAGAAAACCACAAAAUCAAAAAGUCGGACUCAAUGGUAUUGCAACAUUUGAAUGCGUUGCCAAAGGAAAUCCUCCUCCGUCGGUUUUUUGGACGAAAGAAGGAUCACAGGAUCUCAUGUUUCCCGGAAAUGCAUACGGUAGAUUUCAUAUCACUCCCGAAGGUUCGUUGCGAAUUCAGGGAGCUCAAAGAGAAGAUUCUGGAUUUCUUGUUUGUUCUGCUCUUUCCGUUGCCGGUUCGGCAACCGUACGAGCAUUUUUACAAGUAACUUCCGUUGCUGAUGUACCACCUCCGAUUCUUGAUUUCGGACCGACAAAUCAAACGCUUCGUUACGGUGAAGUAGCAUCAUUAUUAUGCCAGACGAGUCAGAAAGAUGCCAAAAUAAAAUGGUAUAAAAAUGGAAAUCCUUUAGACGAAGGAAAAGAAAGAUUUCACAUAAAACCAUCCGGAACUCUUUUAAUCGACAGUUUGCAAACUUCGGAUUCUGGUCAUUAUACUUGCACGGCUUCAUCGGAAAGCGGUGAAACAUCUUGGUCGGCAUCUUUGACUGUGGAUCGGGGAAGUUCAACAUCAACAAUACACAGAACUCCAGAUCCUAGUACUUUUCCACUUCCGCCGUUAAAACCAAUGAUCUUAAACGUGACGGAAUCCAGCGUAAAAUUAGCAUGGAAAAACAAUCCGGAAAGGAGAGAAAACGAACCGACAUUAAUCGGAUAUACUAUUGAAUAUUUUAGUUCUGAUCUUCAGACGGGUUGGGUCGUUGCAGCACAUAGAAUCUUAUCAGAAUCGAUAACGAUAACGGAUUUGAAACCGGAUACAAAUUAUAUUUUUCUCGUACGAUCGGAAAAUUUAAAUGGUUUAUCACCUCCUUCGCCAUUGUCUGAACAAGUUAAAACUCUCGGUGGAGAUUUACGAGCAGUUUCAAAAUCGGAAUUAGACGAAGCUCGAUCUAGACUUAGUACAAAAGUUGUAGAAUUGAAGCAUAUCGAAGCCAUAUCUUCAACUUCUGUACGAUUAAAUUGGAAGAUUUUAAAUGCUCAAGAAUUCGUUGAAGGUCUUUACGUUAGAUUUCCUACAAGUUAUUUAGUUUCUAAUUUGAAAAAAUACUCAAAAUAUGAAUUUUUCUUAGUGCCUUUUUAUAAAUCCGUCGAAGGACAGCCUUCAAAUAGUCAAUCAGUUCAAACAUUGGAAGAUGUUCCAUCAGCACCACCUGAUAAUAUUCAAAUCGGUAUGUUAAAUCGUACAUCGGCCUAUGUUCAUUGGUCUCCUCCACCUCCGCAACAUCACAAUGGUGUCAUUUUGGGUUACAGGAUACAAAUAAAAGGAAACAGCAGUAAAAUCCUUGCUCAAAUGUCUUUAAAUUCACCAAAAACAAGCGUUAUAUUAAAUAAUUUAACGACCGGAAGUACUUAUCACGCCCGAGUUGUCGCAUUUACUAAAAUCGGUGCCGGUCCUUAUUCUCAAUCGCACACUUUGAUUAUGGAUCCUAAUUUUAUACAUUCCUAUCCUUCGAGAGCUCAUCCUAGCGAAGGAAGUAGAGUUAGCAUAGUACAAGAAACUUGGUUUCUCAUAUUAAUGAUUCUCAUGGUUUUAACUAUAAUUUUGGGUUUUGCCGGAUUAUUUUAUUUAAAAAGACGACAAAGUUUAGCCAAAGAAUUGGGACACUUGAGCGUACCGGUUGUUAAUGCAAAUGAUAUGACGCAAUUAAAUCUUAUCAAUGGAAAAGAAACUCUUUGGAUCGAUAGAGGUUGGCGACAAAAUGACAAAGAUUCUAAUCUUUCCGAUAUAAAACUUUUAAAUCACGAUUUAACAUCGAAUGCAACGGAUUAUGCAGAAGUUGACACGAGAAAUUUAUCGACUUUUUAUUCUGCUAGAAGAGAACACGAAAAUCCUACGCCAUAUGCAACAACAACACUUAUAAACACACUUCACAGAAACGAAAUGGACUCAAAUCAAUUUUCUGGAAUGAGUUUGUGCUGUCCUGGAGGUGAUACUAAAACUUGCAGUUCCGGCGGAAGUGAUUCUUGCACCAAACCACAACAUAGUCCAAGCCCACUCUCAGAACAGGGACUCUAUAUUGAUGAAAAUGGGAUUUCAAGGUCACAACCGACAAAAAUAUCAAAUCAAAAUCGUUGUAAAUAUCCACUUCCUUAUUCAGUAGGCCCUCCUCAUCAAAAUUACAAUCAAAAUCCUCCACCUUUACCCAAUUGGUCCGAGUUCCUUCCUCCUCCUCCCGAACAACCUCCUCCUAGUCGAAAUUUGAGUUCCUUUAAUUCUCCACAAUUAAGUAAAAGAACGGGAAUGUCUUCCGGAUCCCAUUGCGGGACUCAUCGAAGUGGUUCGAGCGGUGCAAGUAAUUAUGACGGACAACGACGAUGUCCGCCACCUAAUCAGCAUCCACCUCCUGUAAGAAUUCAACAAAAAUAA